AUGGAUGGAGGGGUUAAUGUGCAAGACUCCUUACACAACGGAAGAGAAGAAAACAAUACAGAUGAAAAUGCGACAGAUGACAAUGUAGCAACAGUGAUGAAUAACUUAACAAUAUAUCAAACUGGCGAUUAUGAAAUAUCCCUGGAAAACACAGAGUUGGAUAACAACCACUACCCCGUGGCCGACAAUGUUCCUCAUGACCAGGACGCCCUUAGUAACGCCGCCCGUCUUGAAAGGUCCUUCAGUAGCAGUUCAAAUAGCAGCCAUGCAUCAGAACUGCCAGAUUGCGAUACUUGCAAGCUUUUAAGAGGCAUAUUUUCAUCCAGAAAAACGGUCGAUUUGUGGGACAAAGUUGUUCGUGGUGGAAAUCAAAAUAAAUGUCAUUCCAAGUUUUGGAUCAAAUUCAUUGAAAAAUUAAAGGAAGAAUUUCCACACGAAGAUGGACUUAAAAGUAAACAGACCAUAUUCCUAUUCAAAACCCUCCUUGGUGUCAGCAACAGAGAUGAUGCAGAAGUUGACCUUGCAGACUUACUGACCGUCGUCAGAUUCUUUGGUCCCAUAAAGUCUGACCGUGAUGGAAGAUGUCUUCUCAUUCAACACCUGCAAGAAAUAAUCAAAAGCUCUGUGUCUAAGGGAAUGAAAAAUCAAAAAGUCAGUUGGUUUGCCGGUGAAAUGUCCAGAGAAAAGGCAAAUGAAAUCCUACAGAGCCAGAAUGAUAAUACCUAUCUCGUAAGAAUGAGUGAAAGCAAAGCAGAAAGUGGUUCAUUUGUUGUGUCAGUGAAAAAUGAAAAUGGUUGUCAUCACUUUGAAAUUGAAGGCGAUCCUCUGAAAUCAGCUAACAGUCCAAGCCUCAAUUGUCACCUGCGUUUCAUGGGAAGGAGUUAUAAGACACUUCCUGCAGCCAUUGGGGACUUAAGAUAUAAUUCUCUGUAUGAUGAGGAGAAUGAUGAGGAAAUCAUGUGUACACGAAUAUGUCCCAACCUCCCAUUUAACAAGGUCAUCACUUCAUAUAAGUAAAUAAAGAGAAGAUGACUGUCCCUUACAUCACAGACCUUUUGUCCAUUUCAU